CAAACACACUUUUUUGAUUGAGAAAUUGAUGAUAUUCUGUUACAGAUUUCAUUGUCCAUUCUUUCGUCUCAUACGUGCUUUGCCUGUCAAGGCGUGGUGUCCACUUCCGCGUAAACGCGUCACCACAGACCUCUAUAUCUACCAGUCAAAUUAUCCAACAAUACUUUGCCUCGAAGAUAUCCUAAUUUCCUCCCGAACUCCGAACGCCUAUUUAUAAAACCUAAGCGAUCUUCUCGAAAUCAGUACAAGGAUGGAAUCCGCUCAUAUCAUGGUGGCGCCCUUCCACGGGCAGGGCCACGUCUUCCCCUGCGUCGAGCUCUGCAAGCGAUUGGCCGUCCGAGGCAUUACCGUCACAAUUCUGGCCGACCCUUCAAUUGCCCCAUCUCUGCAAAUCACAGCCAAACAAGCCCACGAAUCCCUGGGGAUCAACAUUGGGGUCCUAGAAUUGUCCCAACCCGAGGAAGAAGAGGAAGAAAAAGAUGAAGCUGCAGAACAGCAGGAACCCGAUUCGUUCUUUGACCAUCUUGCAAAGCCCAUGGAGGCGAUUCUGGAAGCGCUCGACCCUCCGCCCGUCUGCAUCAUCGGCGACGUUAUGGUGCCGUGGGUAGCAACUGUGUGCAACAAAUUCAAUAUUCCCCGGGUUUCUUUCGUUACUUCUGGUGCGUGUUCCAUGGCAUUCGAGUAUGCCAUGUGGAAACACAGGGCAGAAUUAGAAGAGGCAAAGGAACCCUAUGAAGUGCCCGGGUUUCCGAAAUCAUUGACCCUCACUCCCUCCGACACCCGCCACCGUGCCCCGUCAGGUCCUCCUCCAGAGGGCGGAGGAAGAGGGGGUCCAGGUCCAAGGGGUCCUCCUCCAGGCCGAGGAGGAAGAGGGUUUCCACCGGGUCACAGGGGCAGCGGACGGGGACGUGGGCGAGGGCGUGGCCGCCGGCCGCCGCCGCCUCCUCCACCGGGAGAUCACGGUUCACAGCGGAGCCCACCGUGGAUGAAUGUGCUGGAAGGAUGCCACGGGAUCCUGAUCAAUACUUGCCGCGACUUGGAGUCCCAGUUCGUGGAAUACGUAAUAAAGGGGACCCAGAAGCCUGCCUGGGCCGUUGGCCCGCUUCUGCCGUCUUCCUUCUGGGAAGAGACACCUGGCUCCGUGACGCACGACAGCUCGGUGCGAAAGAGCCGCAAGAGCAAUAUCGACGAACAGCAAUGCUCACAGUGGCUCGACGCCCAGGCGCCCGAGUCGGUGAUCUACGCCUCCUUCGGCAGUGAGGUGGGCCCCGAGGAUGUAGAUUGGACCGAGUUUGCACUGGGCUUGGAAGCCUCAGAGAAGCCCUUUAUUUUAGUUGUACAGGCAGAGCCCGAAGACGAGGAAGCUGAAGCUGAAGAUAUCCUCCCCAAGGGAUUUGAACAACGGGUCGAAGGACGUGGUCUUGUAAUCCGCGGAUGGGCCCCUCAGCUGCUGAUAUUGUCUCACCCGGCGACAGGAGGGUUUUUAUCACAUUGCGGGUGGAAUUCGACGGUGGAGAGCCUGGGUUGUGGUGUGCCCCUGUUGGCGUGGCCCAUGCGAGGAGAUCAGCACUACAAUGCUAAGCUGGUUGCAUUGGAACUUGAGGCGGCGGCCUUGAUUGAGGUGGAUCAAGAUUCAGGCGCGGUGAAGAGGGACAGCAUUGUCAAAGGAGUGAAAAUAUUGAUGGAAAGUGAACAAGGGCUGAAAACGAGGGAGAAAGCCAAGGGUUUAAAGCAGCUGUUGCGGUCAAGUCUGGAAUCUUCUCACAAGGAAUUGGACGCUUUUCUCCGCCAUGUUUUGCAUUUGUCCAAUCAGCAAGGUCAAAGCGAGUGAUUUCAGAUCUCAGAACCAUUGUGAUGGCUAGCUGUCUAUAUCGGAUAUACAUGCGAGUAGCUAAGCUGUUUUCAAAGAUCAUGUUGUAUGCACAGAGUUUUGUGCCCCCAAAAAAAUUCCAUGCACCUUUUUUUGUGCCCCCAAAAAAUUCGAGUAGCUAAGCUGUUUUCAAAGAUCAUGUUGUUUUUGUGCCCCCAAAAAAAUUCCAUUCACCUUUUUUUGUGCGCUGAAAAGAAUACAAAAUAUUGUAUUUGUAUAAUAUUUUUCUGUUCUUUGAAAAGAAAAUCGAAUAUUGUAUUCGUAUGAUAUUUUAAAGAAAACCGAAUAUUGUAUUUGUAUAA